GAUAAGUUGCUUCCUGAACGAAAGGGAAAGGGACUUAAAAAACUUGAACCCUGGGUUUGAUCUGACUGAUCUGAUUCUCAAUCUGACAGGCUGAACAUGUCAAUGGUUUAUAAACUUUCCUACUUAUAGCACGAAAAUCUCCACUGGGUUGCUACCAUUUUAGUUCCAAACCCAUCAAAAUCUCAACUUUCGUCUCCCCAAUUAAGCUCUAAGUUGUUCAUGGCUAAUCCUGGUUUAAAAACAGAGGAGCCACCAGCCCAAAACACCCCUCUUCUUGAUUCUAAUAACAACAACCACCGCCAAGGACUAGAAGAAGGAUACAAAGAUACCCAAUUGGACCAAACCCUUCAAUGGCUAGAAACCUUUCUCACUUUAUUGGGUUUCAGUCAAUCUUCUUUCUUAAGCCUUGCCAUGUCUUGGACUGCUCUUGUGCUCAUAGGUGUGUUGCUUCCAGUGCUUGCUGUUGAGCUCUUCAACUGCUCGGAUUGCGCGAAGUAUCAGAUAAAAAGUUUCGAGCUCGUUAUCGUCGGCUCGCAGGCGUGUCUUGCCACGGUGUCUUUGCUCUGCCUCUCUCACAAUCUUCGAAAGUAUGGUCUUCGGAGGUUCCUCUUUGUCGACCGCUAUAGCGGCCAUAUGUUGCGAUUUCGAAACGAUUACAUUAAGCAGAUAAAGGGUUCUUUACGCUUGCUCGUUUGGUGGGCACUGCCAUGUUUUCUUCUGAAGACUGUACGUGAGGUUGUCCGCAUGAUCUAUGUCCUUCACGAUUCAUGGGGGGUGUCAGUUGCUAUUUUAUUAGCUUUGGUUCUGUCAUGGGCCUAUGUGAGUACAAUCACUCUAACAGCCAGCAUUUUGUUUCACCUGGUCUGCAAUUUGCAAGUUAUCCACUUUGAUGAUUACGCGAGGCUCUUGGAAAGGGAAUCUGAUGUGUUGAUCUUUAUGGAGGAGCAUAUUCGUCUGCGGUAUCAUCUCUCUAAAAUAAGCCACAGGUUCCGGAUCUUCCUUGUUUUGCAGUUCUUAGUUGUCACAGCAAGCCAGUUUGUGACUCUAUUUGAGACCACAGGAUACAGUGGAAAAAUCACUUUAAUAAACGGCGGUGAUUUUGCAGUCUCUACAAUUGUUCAGGUUGUCGGCUUUAGUCUUUCUCUGCAUGCGGCGACCAGAAUUUCCCAUAGAGCCCAAGGCAUAGCAUCAGUUGCCAGUAGAUGGCAUGCAUUAGUAACAUGCAGUUCUAAUGAGACAUCUCAAAACAGAAAUUCAAACAGUGCGCAGAACUUGGAGGCUGCCAACACAUUGAACUCACUGCAUAUUAGUUACUCUGAGAGUGAUCUGGAAUCAGUGGAUUAUGUUGCAAUGCCUACAAAUACACAGCUGGCUUCAUAUAUGUCCUCGUAUCACAGGAGACAAGCUUUUGUGAUGUAUUUGCAAACUAAUUAUGGGGGGAUCACAAUAUUUGGAUGGACAGUCGAUAGAGGCCUCCUCAACACCAUCUUUUUCAUCGAACUAUCUUUGAUCACCUUUGUGCUCGGAAAGACACUAGUUUUUUCGUCAACUUAAUAAGCGCCACUCUUUUCCGACCACAAUGACAUCAGGAAUCAACCUGCGAACAAGAUAUUCAAGGUUUACGGCUGCGAUUGUCGAUCUGUUUCAGUUUGCAAUUUCAUCUCUUCGAUUAUUUCCCCAUGACAUCUGUUGGGAGGAGCUUGCAUAACGAUGCAGUUCUCAAAGGUGUCCACCUUGUUUCCGAAUACAAGUCCAACAGCCAGAGAAAAAUAGGAAGAAACUUGUUUGUUGUAAAUUCGUGCUUCUUUUACAUAUACCGAAACAGCAAUAGAAUUCAAGUUGAUUGAGCAGCAACCAUGUUUGAGUUGUUGUAUUGAAUGUCAAACCCUGUCUUCCAUUCAUUUAUUCAUUUAUAUUUUUUAAGUUGUAAAACCACUCGUCCUUUUACUAAUUUUUCAAUUGAAAGAAAGCC